CGACCUUACAUACAUUCCAUACAGACACCCAUUCUCUCGGAAGCUCUCCCUGCAACUCUCCGACUCCUCAUUUCACUCAGUAAUGGCUCUGCAGCUCUCUCUCUCCUCUGCUCCGGCUCUACGGUCCCCGUCGUCGGCGUUCGCGCCACCGGUGAAUUUAUCCUCGGACCUGUUGCGGUGCUCAGGGGCUCUGAGGCCGACGCCGAAGACCAGUGUUGGGGGGGUCAACAGGAGGAGAGAGAAUGCUGGGGUUUGGGUGGUCAGGGGGAGCCUUGACACUGCAAUCCCUGUGGUUGGCCGAGUGACGGAGGUCACCAAGGACACCUUCUGGCCUCUCGUUAAAGCUGCCGCCGACAAGUCGGUCGUUCUCGAUAUGUACACUCAAUGGUGUGGUCCUUGUAAAGUGAUUGCCCCAAAAUUUCAAGAGCUCUCUGAAAAAUAUCUGGAUGUCCUCUUUCUAAAGCUUGAUUGCAACCAAGAAAACAAGGCCUUAGCAAAGGAGCUAGGGAUAAAAGUGGUUCCUACCUUCAAGAUUCUUAAAGACUCUAAGAUUGUAAAAGAAGUCACGGGGGCCAAACUUGAUGAUUUAGUUGCGGCCAUUGAGGCUGUUAGAUCUAGUUGAAAUUUUAUAUUUUUUGGUUCACUGUAAAGUAUAUGAUUUAAACAAAUCACUAUUUUGUGCUUGUAUAUAUAUUGUAACAAUUGAGAUCUUUCAGACAAUAAUUGUCAAAUUGGUGAGCUUUGGCUCAUUUGACAUUGAGAUCUUUCAGAUGAAAUUUGUAACAUGGUUGUUGAUCGAAUAGAGGUGAUGAAGUAGUACAUUGGGCAA